UCAGUCCAUUUAUCAACUAGGAAUUAUCUACCACAUUUUCUUUCUUCUCUUUUUCCUUUUAAGACUAAGUGAUGACCAUGUCUUUUUGCUUUAAUUAGCCCCUUACCUGCUUAAUCCAAAUGACUUUGGUUGAGCUGGCACGGAUGAAAUAACUCCUUGCGCAACUGGCCCUGUAGCCACAGACUCGAAUCUAUGACUUGUUCAUGAAGGCCACUGAAGGGCACUAGCGUUAGACCAGCAGCCACUGAUUUUGUGAGAUUUUGCAUGUCACUCUUUUGGGACUUUGCAUGUUCAGUGUACAUGCUUGAUUCAUGUUACUGCCCCAAGGCAUGAUUUGAGUGGUAGCUACUCUUCCUAUAAAUUGCUGCAAAAGAAAAUGGUAUCUGUUGAUGAAGUCCCAGAAAAGUGUGAAAGCAAUCUGCAAAAAGUGGGUGUUUUGAGUGAGCUUAGUUUGAACAAAGCAGCUGAUCAUCAUCAAGAAAAACAAAUUUCUGUGAAUGCUUUGUUUGUGUGGCUGGUUUAGAGGAGAAAAUGAGCAUUAUCUUUGAUCAAAGUCAGGCUUGAGUAAUUCAUGGAGUUGAAAAACCUACUUGAAGAUCAAAUGCCUACGCCUUUGUGGUUCUUCAGAUUCCCACGGCCAUUGUUGCUUUUUCUUGCUCCAUUCCUUGUAUUGGUUGGAUUAAUGGGGUUUGGAUUCCUCUCCAUCUUCCUAACAUCUAUGGUGCUGAUUUUCUCGACUGUUGUUUUCACAUAUUCCAAGCAAAAACCACUUCAUCUGGUUGAGAAUAAGUUAGCUGAAGAAAAAAUGUUCAUUCCUUGCUUGGAAGAAGUAUCAAAACAUCAAAGUGCUUCCCCACAAGAGAAGGAUGCUCAAGAAGCACCACUGAGCUCACCAGAUUUGAUAUCAGAAAGUGAAUGCGUUGAUCACCUAUCAACCAGUGAUGAUUCUGAAUUAGUAGGCUGGUCGUUUGGAGAAAAUGUGACUCGGAGCCCCGAUUUCUCAGACGGCUCAAUUUCCGACGAGGAUAGCCUCAUCGAAAUAGCCCUCCCGGGCGGAUACUAUGUCGAUCACCAGGAGCAUGACUCAGUGUUUAACCUGCAGCAGAAAAUGCCAGGUUUGUCACACCAGUCCAUUUUUAAGCAGCAUACUCUAUUGGAGCUCUUGGCUGAGAUCAAUGAGAUGAAUGAGGAAGAAAAUUUGUUCGAAAUCGACUUAUCCAUGGGAUCCAUCAAGUGUUCAAGGUUUGAGAUUGAAGCUUGAGAGUUGCCUUUUUUUUUUUGUCAAUUUUAUGACCAUUUUUAUGUUUUUGAUCCUCCAUGGAUUUGGUUGAAGAUAAAGCUUAAAAUUAGCAUUCUGCUUAUGUGCAAUUGGCCUCUUAGUGUUAUAUUGUUGUGCACAGUAGGCUGCUUCUGCUUUUUGACAAGCUUUGGAUUCCCAUCAAAGCACUUGUACUAUGGCCCUUUUCUUUUCUCCUAAUGCACACUAGUUAAAGUAUUAAAAGUUUAAUUGAAGGUUAAAAACAUUUUAUUUUGCUGGAA